AUGAAUGGUCUUGGAGAUCCUGUCGAUGGCUCGGGGACUAUCGAUCCUGCGAACUUGAGCAACUCUGUAUCUGUUGUCCAGCCAGCCCAAUCCUAUCUAAAUACAAGUCCCCGUGGUGUCAAGCGUAGUCGCACUCCAGAACACAGCGGGAAUGGACAUGCGGAAGGAGAACUGGAUGAUGAUGAACAAAGUCGUCGCAAGCGCGGUCGUCCCCCAAAGACUCCUCGCGCAGGCUCCAGUGAACAACCUGUCGCGAACACACCCACUCAAACACCCCAAAUGCAAUCUCGCCCACUGCCGCAGGCAAACGCCGGGUCGCCGCCUCUUGCAUCACCUCCGGAAAAUAAGACUACCCCAUCAAAGUCGCAGGUUAAAGCGCUACCCACCGUGAGGGAUCAUACGUCCGACCAACUGAAUCCAGAAGGCGAUGAGUACAUUCCAAAAGAGUUUGAUGAGGCAGGAGAGACAAAGGCAGACCCUAUGGGAUACCCACUUGGUGGCCGCGAAUACAAAUGCCGGACAUUCCGCGUUCCCCUCCGCGGUAACAAACUGUUCAUGCUUGCAACCGAAUGCGCGAGGGUACUGAACUAUCGAGAUUCAUAUCUUUUGUUCAACAAAAACCGGUCCUUGCAUAAGAUCAUCGCAUCCCAGAUUGAGAAGGACGACCUCAUCCAGCAAGAUAUUCUCCCAUAUUCUUAUCGGUCCCGUCAAAUCGCCAUCGUUUCCGCCAGAUCCAUGUUCCGACAGUUUGGGAGCCGGGUGAUCGUAAAUGGCCGUCGGGUUCGGGAUGAUUAUUGGGAGAGCAAGGCUAGGAAACAGGGUUUCACAGAGGAUGACCUGGCGGGCGAGAAGCGUCCUGGUGCGGCCAAGACUCGCGAUGGCUCGACCACAGAGCCUGCAACCAACCUGUUACCGGCACUUCCCCACAACGAUGUUGUUUACAGCAGUACUAUCGAACCGCUACCUCCUGGACUUUCUCUUGAUACUAGUGACGCUUCUGCUUCCCUGGCGUCACUCCCGAUGAUUCAGAUGGCAACAACAGAUGACCCGCGGCUGCGAGAUUACAAUGUCAUGCCUCGUUCCCGCCAGGAAAUGACGGGACAACCUUACCAUGACCGCACGCAAACCAGUUCGGCAGCAGAGCUCCUCAAUCAGGCUUCACAUACCGCCGAUUUUAACAAGAUGCUAAGCUCGCAGCGCACCUUCCGUCAGAAAGGUCUGGAUGAAUUUUACUCUAGGCCCCGUGAAGCUCCUGAAACAGAGCCUCAGUCCAGUACCGCUCUUGACUCGGGUUUGUCUGUGUCACAGCCAGUUCAAGUAUCCCAUAUCCCCACUGGUGGGAUGGCAAACCCUUCUCAUACCCAGCACGUGAUGGCUCAACAGCCUUCCAUGCAGGCUUCGAUGCACCAAAACGCUAUGAUGGGUGGACAACCAGGCUACCCGCAGACUCACCAAGCCGUUGGACAAUCUCCCCUCAGAGUUCCUCCGGGUAUGCAACCUGGCAUGAUGCACCAACGAUCCAACCCGUCCAUGGCUUCCGGUAUGGCUCAGCCUCCUCCUUAUGGGUAUCCAUCUCAGCAGCAGCAAAUGUGGGGACAGCCACCACCCCAACCGCAGCCAUCUCCGUUGCCCUCUUCCGGUCAUCAGGGUGUCGGCAUGUCUCAGUAUGGUCAACAAAUGGCCGGGGUUCCUCAGCAAACACCAUCUCCUCUUCAUACGCAGCAGCAGCACCACCAGUCUCCCCGGAACCAGCAGCGUCAAUCAAUACCGCAAAUGCCACAGUCAUUCCCUCAAAUGCAGCACGCACAACAGGCUCCGCCGCAGGGUAUGCAAGGCAUGGGCUAUCCUGGUGGCACACCAGCCGGUUAUCCAGGCAUGCAACGACCUAUGUACCCUUCAAAUCAGGCUCCGGGUGGCCAGCCCUUUAUGGCUGGAAAUCCUCAGCAGGCGGGUCUUGCAAUGGGCAUGGGAGGCGCCGGUAUGCCCGGAUGGGCUGGACCUGGUGGGCCGAUGCAACAAGCCGGACAGCCUCAGUCAGGCCAGUCUGGGAGCCCACUUGGCGGCGGAUGGGGUUACUAG